AUCCACACGGGUUUACAGCACCAAAUAAUCUGGCCUUGUCAGCCCAGCUGCGUUCCUCUGGAUGAAAAACUCCUGCCCCAGCUUCUAAAAGAAGCAGGCUACAUUACCCAUAUGGUCGGAAAAUGGCACCUGGGAAUGUAUCGGAAAGAAUGCCUUCCAACCCGCAGAGGAUUUGAUACCUACUUUGGCUAUCUCCUGGGUAGUGAAGAUUACUAUUCCCACGAGCGCUGUACAUUAAUCAAUGCUCUGAAUGUUACUCGAUGUGCUCUUGAUUUUCGAGAGGGUGAAGAAGUAGCAACAGGAUAUAAAAAUAUGUAUUCAACAAACAUAUUUACCAAAAGGGCUACAGACCUCAUAGCUAACCAUCCACAAGAAAAGCCUCUGUUUCUCUACCUUGCUCUCCAGUCUGUCCAUGAACCCCUUCAGGUCCCUGAGGAGUACCUGAAGCCAUAUGACUUCAUCCAAGAUAAAAACAGGCAUUACUAUGCAGGAAUGGUGUCCCUUAUGGAUGAAGCAGUGGGAAAUGUCACCGCAGCCUUAAAAAGCCAUGGACUCUGGAACAACACAGUGUUCAUCUUCUCCACAGGUGAGUCUGUCAAUAGAAAAAUCAUCUUUUGGCAAAGCCUGAGACAUGGUAUUCGAUAAAUGGAAUGAAGACAAAUU